AUGGCUGCUCCUACUUCCUUAGCGUUCGCUGUACGAAGGUGUGAACCUGAAUUGGUUGCACCAGCUAAGGCCACACCUCAUGAAUUUAAACCGCUUUCUGAUAUUGAUCGCCAACUAUACCUCCAAUUUCAAUCUCCACAUUACAACUUUUAUGCACACAAUCCGUCAAUGCAAGCGAAAGAUCCUGUGAAGGUGAUAAGAGAGGCAAUUGCUCAAGCCCUCGUGUAUUAUUACCCUUAUGCUGGCAGGCUUAGACAAAGACCAGAAAAUAAGCUUGUAGUUGAUUGUACUGGUGAGGGUGUCUUGUUCAUCGAAGCUGAUGCUGAUGCUACACUUGAGCAGUUUGGUGAUCCAAUUCAGCCUCCAUUCCCUUGUGCAGAUGACCUUCUUUACAAUGUUCCAGGAUCAGCUGGGAUUCUCAAUACCCCAAUGUUGAUUUUUCAGAUAACCCGCUUGAAGUGUGGUGGUUUUAUACUUGGCUUCCGUCUUAAUCACCCAAUGAGUGAUGCUAUUGGGUUAGUUCAGCUAUUGAGUUCGAUAGGUGAGAUCGCACGAGGUGCUCAAGCCCCUUCAGUUCUACCUGUGUGGCAAAGGGAACUCCUUUGUGCUAGGAAUCCACCUCGUGUUACUUGCACACACAAUGAAUAUGGCGACGAUCAUGAUAUUUUUGAUGAUCCUAUAGCACUCAACGUUCCUGAAUUUCGCGGCGGAGCUGUCGGUGCAGCCCACCGUUGUUUCAUCAUUGGCCCUAAAGAAUUAUCCAACAUUCGGAAAUGGAUUCCUCCUCAUUUACACCCAUGUUCCAAGUUCGAAAUAAUAACCGCAUGCUUAUGGAGAUGCUAUGCCAUUGCUUCUCAAGCAAACCCUAAUGAUGAGAUGCGGAUUUGUAUGCUUGUCAAUGCCCGUUCCAAAUUCAACCCUCCAUUACCAAAAGGAUAUUACGGUAACGUGCUAGCAUUGCCAGCAGCUGUAACAAAUGCUAGUAAGCUUUGUUUAAACUCGUUAGGGUAUGCAUUGGAGUUGAUAAGGCAUGCCAAGAAUAAAAUAACCGAGGAGUACAUGAGAUCGUUGGCUGAUUUCAUAGAGAUCUCCAAAGGCCUGCCUAAAGGGUUACAGUCCUAUGUUGUGUCUGAUUUAACAAGUGUUGGCUUUGAUCAGGUGGAUUAUGGCUGGGGCAAGUCAGUUUAUACUGGGCCAUCUAAGGCUAUGCCUGAUGACAUUAAUAAUUCUGGAACCUAUUACUUGCCCUUUAAAAACAAGAAAGGAGAGCGUGGGGUUAUGGUUCUGAUUUCCUUAGGUGCAACAGUCAUGGAAAGAUUUGCUGUGUUAUUGGAGGAUUUGACAAAGCAUGAUCCAGAUACUGGCCCAGCACAGCAACACAUGACUCUCCCUAUAAAGCACAGGCUUUGA